AAGAAAAACCGGCUGCCAGUUUCAAACUCCAUGCGAAUGUACCCAUGCUGGAUACAAAUUAAAAUUUUGUUCGAGUUUUUUUUCGAAAUUUUGGAAUUGAAUUGUUGCAAAACUUAUAAAACUUAUUCAUGGGUCCUAUCCGAGGUGGUCGAGGAGGUGGUGGUUUUGGUGGGGGUGGUCGAGGUAGAGGAGGCGGUUUCGGGGGUCGUGGUGGCGGUGGGGGUGGCAGAUUUCAGGAUCAAGGACCUCCCGAGACCGUAAUUCCACUUGGUUACCUUACCCACACUUGUCAGAACGACCUUGUAUGUAAAGUCACGCUGGACGACGUUCCCUACUUCAAUGCCCCCAUUUAUCUUAAGAAUAAGCAACAGGUUGGGAAGAUUGAUGAGAUUUUCGGAACGUUAAAGGACUAUUGUGUCUCGGUUAAGCUGAGUGACGACGCGAAAGCUAGCUCGUUCAAGGAAAAGGAUGAGUUCUUUAUUGAUCCUGCUAAAAUGCUGCCAUUGUCGAGGUUUCUACCCGGAAAUGAGCAGAGGGGACGUGGAGGAGGCCGCGGAGGGAGAGGCGGAGGUCGAGGUGGUGGGGGACGUGGGGGUGGAGGCAGAGGAGGAUUUGGUGGUGGUGGCCGCGGCGGAGGGGGUUUCGGUGGUGGACGAGGGGGUGGUGGUCGAGGAGGUUUCGGCGGUGGGCGUGGUGGGGGUGGUUUUGGAGGAGGUGGUCGAGGCGGUGGUGGCCGAGGCGGAGGAGGUUUUGGUGGAGGCAGAGGAGGCGGUGGAUUCCGAGGGGGACGAGGAGGUCGUGGUGGUUAAGAAGAAUACUAAAAUCCUUCAUACUUGCAUCAAAUUCCGCCAACUUUUAUAUAUUCUUGAAUAAUUAGUUUUAAAACGACCCAUAGUGUAACCUGUUCAUUUCAUUGUUACUCUUUGUAUCGACAUUAUUGACAAUUUAAUACGAUAUGUAUCUCGUUUACAAACUUAUAUUUAGAUAUCUUACUUAGCCUAUAUUUACAACUUUACAGUGCGGUCCGUUCCGCAAUAAAAGUAAUCCAUAUUUCUUUACUGAAAA